GCCCGACGGGCGCAGCGCUGCGUCUUCGUUCUCACCACACACUCUCUCUCGUUCCCAUGGCCACUCGUUGAAUCCACCGACCGACUCCUCUCUCCGUCUCUCUCGUUUCUUCUUUCUGUUGGGUGAUUUCUUUUACCGGCAUUCAUUGGUUAGGCAAUUGCCAACACCAAACGACCGACCUCUGUAUUGGGGAGGCCAAACAAUAGCCCAUGGCGGCCGGGAUCUCCGCUGCUGCUACCAGCCUAAUCUCGUGCUGCUUCCCCAGGGAGCCGUCCCUUCCUCUAAAAGCGGCGGGCGACUGCUUUCUCCUCUUCGGGUCUUCCCCCGGCAGGGCUUCCGCGCUUCGACUGUGGCGGCGGCGAGCCACCGCGGUCUGCUUCGUGCUGAAGGAGGUGGGCAAGGACGCGGAGAAGAAUAGCCGGUAUACGUCGACGGAAGUUGAUCCCCAAGGGGAGGAGACGGAGAGAUCAGACGCGCUGCGGGCCUCGUCGGAGCGGCGCACGGCGGAGAGGACCGCGAGGAAGCGGUCGGAGCGACGGGCGUAUCUGAUCGCGGCGGUGUUGUCCAGCCUCGGCAUCACCUCCACGGCGGUCGCCGCCGUCUAUUACCGUUUCUCCUGGCAAAUGGAGGGAGGAGAGGUUCCGGUGACGGAGAUGUUCGGGACGUUCGCUCUCUCUGUCGGCGCGGCGGUGGGGAUGGAGUUCUGGGCGAGGUGGGCGCACCGGGCGCUGUGGCACGCAUCGUUAUGGAACAUGCACGAGUCUCACCACCGGCCGCGCGACGGCCCCUUCGAGCUCAACGACGUCUUCGCCAUCAUCAACGCCGUCCCCGCCAUCUCCCUCAUGGCCUACGGCUUCCUCAACCGCGGCCUCCUCCCCGGCCUCUGCUUCGGCGCCGGCCUCGGGAUCACGCUGUUCGGGAUGGCCUACAUGUUCGUCCACGACGGGCUGGUCCACCGCAGGUUCCCCGUGGGCCCCAUCGCCAACGUCCCCUACUUCCGCCGGGUGGCCGCCGCCCACAAGAUUCACCACAUGGACAAGUUCGACGGGGUGCCGUAUGGGCUCUUCUUGGGACCCAAGGAACUGGAGGAAGUGGGCGGCUUGGAGGAGCUGGAGAAGGAGAUCAGCAGGAGGGCCAAGCUUUCCGACAACUCCACCAACCUUAGCAGCUAAAAAGUUGUUGACGCUUGCAAUCUGAGGAACACAGCAAAUCUCGAGUUUGAUGUGCAGAGAGACGUACGUAUUUUUGACGUAGAAAUGUACAAUGGAGAGACAUGAUGCAUAAUUAUUUACCGUGUAAUCAUCUUUCUAUGAAUAUGAAAAGAAGCGCAUGUGCCCGCGUGUGGUAUAAAGAA